AUGAAUCGAGUGAAAAAUGCCUUUGAAAUAAUAAUGAAUAGCGAGCAGUUGAAAGCAGAACAAGAUAUACGACCGAAACUGUUUUCAACGAACUGUCCAGUUCGAUGUGGUACAAGUGGCUAUUCGUACAAACGUUGGCAUAUGGGACCAAGAAAUCAAAAUUACUACCCGGAUAAGAACGAAUUCGAUUAUUAUUGUGGUGAAUUUGAUACCGUCGAAAUCAAUUCGACAUUCUAUAAUGUUCCACCAGAUUCGACUUUCAAAAGUUGGGUGAGAAAAGCGCCUCGAUCUUCGUUUCUUUAUACAAUUAAAGCAAAUAAAUUUUUUACGCAUUUGAAAAAACUUACCAUUGACGAAGUAUGGAUCGAACGAUGGGAAGCAUUUUGGAAAAAAUGUCAACUAUUACAAUCACAUCUUGGCCCUGUGCUUUUUCAAUUUUCACCAGGAUUUAAGAAAAAUGAAACCACAAUCGCUCGUUUCGAACAGUUAGCAAAAAUAUUGCCCGAAAGUGGAAGAUUUGCUUUUGAAUUUCGAGAUAAAUCUUGGUUUUGUGAGGAAACUUAUCAUCUAAUGAAGAAAUAUAACUGGUGCUUAUGUGUUAUCACUUGCGAAAAUUCAAACAAUUGGUGUGGCAACAUGCCAUCCGGCACACUACCCGCAGACAUUGACGAUCAUAAAACAUGUGAUUGGGGUGUUUAUUAUCGUUUUCAUGGUUCAAUUGGUCAAUAUUCCGGUGUGUAUGGUGAAGAUCGUAUGCGGCAGUUAGCUGAAACCACAACGAAACAUUUCUUUGAGAAUAGUAUUUCUAAAUCACUGGAGCUCUUCUUCUAUUUCAAUAAUACUGAUAGUCAUUCACCACCAGGUGCAAUACAAGACUGUCGAUUUCUUGCUCAAGCGUUCAAAAAUCUCGAUAUUAUGGAUAAAUGA